CAGUCCCUAUCCAAGUCCCUUCGGCCCCGUCGCGCCCAUCCCGAGGUCUCCGAGCGCCUUUGUCUCGCUCAGUUCCCUGCCAAAGCAGGGGACUCUGUUCCGGCGGAGGGAUCCAGUGUGACGCGUCACCCUCCCCUCACAGACCGCGUAGCGCCGGCGGGCGGGAGGUUCGAUUGUGGCGGGCGGCGAUGGCGGCGGAACGGCGGCGCCGGGCGGGCGGCGGCCUGAGCGGGCUCCUGCUCCGGAUACUUGAAGAAGGAAAGGACAGUAUCCCCGAACAUCCCUAUCUCUAUGAGACUGAUGUAGAGAUCUCAUUGGUUGGUGGCAGUUGCAAAAAUCCUGUUGAAAAAUUUUGGAAUGGAAGCAGUGCAAUGUAUAUUUUGCAAAAAGCUACACACAGUGAAGAAAGCGACUCCAUGGAGGAAUCAAGAACAGAUGAUGCUGUUUAUGCCUCUGAGGUUUUGCCAAAGGAGAGUCCUGGAGCCCUGGCUCUUUCUGUUGGAAGAGCAAAGCAGUUGAUUUCCUUGUACACACUGCUGCAAAACCCAAACAUGACCUCCCUGGGGAUGAGUGACCUGCCUGUGCUUCCUCCCCUGUGGGCCAGGUGUGAUGGUUCUGAUCCUCAGCACACCUGCUGGAUUGGAGCUGAGCCUCUCAAGGCUGGAAACAAAGUCCCAGGGCUCAAUAUUUACCUGGUUUCAUGUGAUGGUCCUACAGCUGAUAAAACCUGUUUUCCAAGCCUGGAACAGCUCAAAAUGGAACAUAAAAUAAGACAUCAUUCAUCUGUUGUGACAACAAAAGGAUUUGCUCGGUAUGAGCUGAUUACAGUUGCUGCAAUAGAGGACACCAUUGCAGAAUCUGGAAGCAACAUCUAUGUGGAUAUCACAUGGAAUGGUGUGGAAAAGAUUCUGGAGACUCCCCCAGCGAUCUCUGCUGCCACCCUGAAUAUUGCCCUGGAGUCGGGGGACCCCAGAAGUCCUGUGUUCCAGCUGUACCGAGAGCUGCAGCUCCUCUUGGCUUUGGCUGAAGGUCUGAAGACGGGUGUGACUGAGUGGCCUGAGCCAUCAGAGUCUGAAUCAGCUCUUAAACUGGUCCAGGAAUUUCUGACCGAUUUAAAGAAGAAACUGGAUGGAGAUUAUACAUUUGAAGACAAGAAUGAAACACAGAAAAUCCAAUGUGACACAGCUGCUGUGGACAGUUGCAUAAAAUCAAUCUUUGGUGAGCGAGGAGACCUGGAUUUCACUGGACAAUUAUGGUGCAAAAUGAAAAGUGUCAGUUCCUAUCAGGAGUUAAUAGACUGUUUCACACUGGUCAUCAAAUCCCUGGAACGUGGUGAGAUACAGCCAUGGAUUCAUCAGGGGAGUAGCAGUUUCUUAAGUCAGUUGAUCCAACAGUCCUACCAUGGAAAGAUAGAGGAUGUUUCCCUCAGUGACAUCACUCCCAUUCAGAUGCUCCUGGAGGUUGGCUUAGAGAAGAUGAAGAAAGAUUAUGUCAGUUUUUUCAUAGGCCAGGAACUUGCAACAGUAACCUACUUGGAUUACUUCAUUUCCACAGCAGUGGAGCUCCAGGAACAAGUCCACCGUGUUCAAAAGCUUCACCACAUGCUGGAAAUAAUGGUCAGCUGUACAGGCUUACUGCAGUUCAGACAUGAGCACCUCUUCCCUUUGACACAGAUUUGCAUGAAGUAUUACAAGGAAAACCCUCUGAAUGAGAAGCAUGUGUUUCAGCUGCCCAUCCGACCAGCUCUUGUGAAGAAAUUCUAUCAAAAUGAUCUCCCUGAAGUCUGGAGGGUGGAGAUAAGCAGUGGGCAUGGACAGAAGGAAGUUAAAACAACGUGGCAAGUCAGCACCAAUGCUCCUGUUGAACAUGGGACAUCAGACAAUUCAGAAUGUUUGCUAAUAAAUCUGAGAAGAGUUUUGAAGAGAAAUUUCCAUGUUGUUAAUGCUGGUCUCAAGUCAGAGAAGGUGCAAAAGGGAGAGGAUCUGCUUUGCUGCAAGCAAAUGCAGAACAAGUGGAAAAGCAUCAGAAUGGGGAAGGAUUAAGCAGAGAGACUGGUACAGAAAUGAUUUGCCUUUCUGGGAUGAGGUUUGAUGUGAGGUUUGGUAAAUCUUCCCUGUCACUGAUUCUUGUCAUGAAGUGCUUCAGUAAAACUGCACUUUGAAAACUGUUCUGGAAGCUGCUGCAAGGACUAAUCUGGACUAAUCUCUACCUUCUAACAAG